GAAUGUCGAACGUUUCGGUUCGUUAGUUAUCAUAUAUAAAUAACUCUGACAACUUUUAUGUCUUUGAUUUGAUUUUUGUUUUACUAGAGACUUAAAUGAUUUACCUUGAUACAACGAAAUUUAUAAAAACUAUAUAGCAAGAUGAAUAGAAUAUGGAUACUGUUUGUGCUGGGAUAUUCGUAUGUGAAUGCAAACUACCAACUUAAUGAUUACAGUUACCAUCCCUGUAUACGUCCAUGCGGUAUCAAUACUAGAAAGACUUGCGAAUAUACGUUUACUUUAGAAUACUAUUACACAUUAUCGAAAGCAUGUUACGACUGCCCAUUUAACGCUUCUGAUUGCAAGAGACCACACUGCGUUCCUGCUGAUGGAUCGACUCGUCCAAUACUGACAGCAAACAGGAUGCUACCAGGACCUGGAAUUCACGUUUGUCUUAACGAUACAAUAGUUGUGAAUAUAAUAAACAACUUAUUGGGAGGUGAAGGAGUAUCAAUUCAUUGGCAUGGAAUACAUGUUGAACCACAUAUGGAUGGUGUGGCAAUGUUGACACAGUGUCCAAUUCCUGAAUAUUCAUCAUUCCAGUACAGGUUCCUGGCUGUCACAUCUGGAACACACUACUGGCAUUCUCAUGCGGGCAUGCAAAAUGCAGAUGGUUUAUUUGGACCUCUAGUUAUCCGGGAACCACCAGAAAUAGACGAGCAUUUGGGGAGAUAUGAUGUUGAUGACCCAGAAUUCACUGUUCUGAUUAACGAUUGGUUUACAGAAAUGAUGCCUGGGCGGUUAUCGUCUCUGCUUCACCGUACUGGAGGUGUUUUAUCGGACUCCAUGCUUAUAAAUGGUAAAGGUGCUUACCACAAGUUCAUUAAAGAUAAUACAACAGUGUACACACCAUAUGAAGUUUUCAAUGUUCAACUUGGACGUAGAUACCGUUUUAGAGUAAUCACCAAUAGUUUGAAUACAUGUCCUAUAUUGUUUUCGAUAGACAAUCAUAAUUUGACAGUGAUUGCGAGUGACGGAUCUCCGUUAGAACCCUACACCGUAGACUCGGUAGUAAUGUACUCUGGUGAAAGAUAUGACAUAAUAGUGCACACUAAUCAAGAUGUUAGAAAUUACUGGAUGCGAACAUCAGGAAUGUUACUUUGUGGAACCUUAAAAGCGUUUCAGCUUGCUGUUGUUAAAUACGAAGGAGCAGCUGAAGAAGAACCCCUAGGGAAUAAAGAAUGGAACGUAGAUACUCACGGUAUUCAACUAGAUCCUCUUAACAAAAAGACAACAGAAGGCUUCGUUGAUAUAUCACAACUCAAUUCUACGAUGCCAAAUGAUGAAUCGCUGAAAGAAAUUCCAGACAAAACAAUCUAUCUUGGUUAUGACUUCAAUAUAAUUGACAAUUUCCGAGCACAUGACAAGGAGUUCUACAGUGUUCAUGAAGUAGAUGCACCAUUUAGAAGAUUCACACAACAAAUUAAUCAUAUAUCAACAGUGUUCCCCCCUGCACCUGCUCAAACGCAGUACUCAGACAUUCCAAGUGAUCUAUUUUGUAAUGAAGAUUCCAUGAAGGCAAACUGUACUCGUGAAUUUUGCCAGUGUUUCCAUGUUAUUGAAAUCGGAUUAGGAGAAGUAGUAGAAAUUUUUUUAGUGGACGAAGGUGCUACUUUUAAUACGAACCACCCGUUUCAUCUACAUGGAAAUUACUUCAGAGUAAUAGGACUGGAUAAGCUUAAUACAUCAACAUCAAUAGAGGAAGUCAAGGCAUUGGAUGCAAAGGGCAUGAUUCAUAGAAAACUUGAUAGAGCCCCAUUGAAAGAUUCAGUAAUGACUCAUGAUGGAGGAUUUACCAUUCUUAGACUGCAUGCAAAAAACCCAGGUUUUUGGUUCUUCCAUUGUCACUUUCAAAUACAUACCGAGAUGGGUAUGGGUCUUACCUUACAAGUUGGAACACCGAGUCAACAGCCAAAAGUCCCGAAAAAAAUUCCAAAAUGUGGGCCUUGGAUAUAUGAAGGUUAUGAAGAAGAGGAACAAGCGUCAAACGAUUGUCCAACAAAUAAGGAAUGCAGAGUUAUGAUGUCUUUUGAAUGUUACGUUGUGCAAUUUCUAAUGUUUUAUACAAUUAUGUUGCUGUAUUGACAUGACUUAGAAUGUUUGUAAAAUGUUUUGAUACGUAUUGAAAUUGUCAUCGACAUUCCUGAGACAUUUUAUAUACUUUUCGUCUGUUUUCCUCUUAUUCUUUAACCGUUUCUUGAAAUCAAAAUUAGAUAAUUUAUAUAACUAUGAGUACACGAAGCUGAAACAAAGCAUUUAAAGUCCAAUGAUUCCAAAGAAAAAUUUCUUAAUAUAAAUUGAUACCUCUGUCAUAAAAUAUUUUAGAAAAUAAAUUUGUGAUGUACGUCAUAUAGACAGCAUCUCAGAAACACAAAAAAUCAAAAGGUAUCUAAAUGUUAACAGACCAUUUUGAUCAGGACAAAUGCACAAGUAUCUACAAUAUGCCAAUAUCUAAAUUUGUCGGACUGUAAAAGAGUUAUAAAUAAAUUUAACAGACUAACAACUGCCAUCAACGCAUCAUUUCUUAAAUAUGAAAAAAAACAUCAACAUAUAACAGAAGACAACCACUGACGUAUUUUUCUGACUUGAAACACAAACAAAAGUCCACACAAUACUGCAACGACAACUAACGAUGUAGCAAAUAAAUAAGUUCAAUAUACAACCGGUUGUGAAACUAUGUGGUUUUGAAGCGUAGGCAGUCGCACUUAUCUUAUUGCUUUGUACAACUCUGGUUAAUAAGUGGCAUUCGUUAAUUUCCCAAUCGGGCAAAACUGACUAGUAAACUUGUCAGAUGUGACACAGUUUUUCCAUAAUUGUCAACCAAACCAUAGCGUAAAUACAAUUUUUGAAGGCAUUAUUGCAAUUUCACCAUUGAAAACCUUGGUUCAACAGCUCCUUUGAAAGCAGCAAUUAUGAUAGGAAGCGAGAUUCCUGAAAUAUCAUUUAUUUAAAAAGUUGUCCACUUCGCCGGAGGUACACAAUGUUGAAUACUUGAUAUGAUCGAAGGCGAAUCAAAUACGAUGGAUGAGUAAAGUAAUAGUAUUUUAGAUGUUAAGUUGUUAUUGUAAUUUUAGAUAUUAUCAUAUCAAUAUGUAAUGAAAACUUGUUCCGUAAUAUUAGAUGUUGUUUACAUCGGAUCUAUAAAAAAGGUAAAAAAAUCGGACAAAUCUUGCACUGAAAAGGAUUAUUUUUUUUUAUACCGAUUUAAUUGAAAUUUUUACGAGGGGAAUUUUAUCUAUAUUAUAAUAUGAUAUCAUAUUACUAAAUUCAUAAACAUUCAAUUGUGUCAUCUAAAUUUGUUGCAAUGGUUUGCUAAUAUAUUUAGAAAUAAUGAUUUAAGGACCCAGCAUCCAUAACGAAUAAAGAGAAUUAAAUUUGUCAUUUUACAA